AUGAUAUAUUUUUCUAAAUAUCCAAUUAAUCCAAUAAAGAAUAGGUUUGUUGAGGAUAUAAGAGGACAAAAAGUAAAUACUAAGAACGCAAAAUACUAAGAAAAAGGGGCAUUAAGCUUAUUGAAAGAUAUGAGCGCGAAUUGCUCUAAAUCUUUAACAUUUAUUCUGCUUUUAGAAUUUAAGUAAGCUUAGUUUUUAUGUUGGCCUUUUUCUAUUCUACUAUUAUAAAAAUUCACAUAACAAUUUUUAGUCUUAACUAAAUCCUCGUAAUUAGUAUCGAAUGGAAGACACAUCCAACUAGGUAGUUUAACUUAACUAAAUUUGUAUGGAGGAGAGCAUUGUCCUUAAAAACAUUGA